ACCCAUCCCUCAUCCCAUCAUCCCACCCAUCCACACCAUACCGGUAGCCCUCACAUGUUUCAGCAGGGGUCAUUAAUCGCCCGACUCCUACCAACCGUCGUCCAGCCCCACCAGUCGAUAACCUUAGGGCACUGCCAACUCGAAACCUGCAUUCCAACCCUCCAUCACCAAAGCCCCAAACGAAAACCCCUUCUCUUCUCCACACUGCCCGGCUGAGCCAGAUACCGUACCGGGAUCGAACGACCCUCCCAAAAUAUCACAGUCUCCACGAAAGUCACACCCCACGCCUUUUUUACCUCCCAGCCCCCUUUACUUUAAGUUCCGGGGAAGCUCAAACCCCUCCAAAUUAUGAGCUGAGCGACCCAAGGUGCUACAACCACAACAAGAACACCGAGAUGUCUCCCGCGACAGCACUUUCACCUCCCCCCACCGCGAACACGGCCAAAUGCCAGAACUGUGGAGCAGAGGUACACUCCGAUGAAGCAAAACGUCGAAUCACAGAGCUAGAAGCCCAAGUCCGCAUACUAAGCGAAAAGGCCACAAACGCAGGUAAGCCUUUUGCUUCAUUUCUCCCCCCGCAUGGACAAACUAACGCAUAACCAAAACAGUGGACAAGUUAGCCGACUAUGAAGACGAGUUGAAAGCCUUAAGACCUACGCCGCCAUCCAGCUCCUCCUCCUCCUCCUCCUUGACGUCAAAUACCCCUUCCGGAAUCACCUCGGCGACAAACAGAAUAUCUGCCUUUCUCACUGCUUCCUCUCGCGGGAGGGGGGGGCCACCCAGUCCGCCGCCCGAUAGUAAUUCCACAGAGGUCCUUCUGGAAAAGGAACGGAAGUCCAGGGUCAAAGCUGAGGAACGCCUGGAGCAGGUCACGGGGGAGCUCGAGGAAUUAAGCGCGAGCUUGUUUCAAAGCGCGAACGAGAUGGUAGCCAACGAGCGGCAGCAAAAAAGCAAGCUAGAAGAGCGAGUGCGAAUGCUCGAAAGUCGGGACGAGGAGGCUAAGAAACGACUCGGUGUGCUGGAGAGUGCUAUGGAUAGAAUCGUUCGGGUUAGACAAGUCCUUUCAGUCUCGUAAUCACCUCGGGCAUUGCAGCCUUCAGUGCUUUUCAAUCGGGUUUUGUGCGGGCGUUGAAUUGCUACUUCUCUAUGUGCAUAGUUUCGGGAGUUUGGGGUUUCCAAGCAUUUUCUCCCUGCUGAAGUCAAUUUUGUCUGUUUACCUACUGUUCUAUACCAUGUUAUUUGUAGCUAGUGCGGACCAUAAACUCAUACCCUUGCUAUCCCCG